CGCAGAAACGCGACAGCAACCAGCUCCCGCUCCUGUCCCUACUUUCCGCGUCCCACCUGACUCACUCAGAUAGAUGACUUACAACCAACAGCCAACAUCCUUUCACCGCCCCCGCGACGCCAGCGAAACUCGCACCAUGCGCUCGGCCAGGCGACCUCUGCCAUCACCCUGUCCACGCGCAGCAUGACCACCACCACCACCAACAUGGCCUCUUCAUUAUUUCCGGCAUUGCCAACCGAGCUCCGCGUGCAACUCUGGUCUUUCGCCGUCAUGCACCCUCGUCGCAUUCUCUUGGAUGCGCAGAAACUCGUGCUCGGACCCGCAUGGCUCUCAAAGACCCCUGCGUCCGCCGUCGUUCACGCCUGCCAGGAGGCUCGGGCCAACGCACCAUACGCAAAGGCUUUCCGGCCGCGAUGGGGGGCAUGGCCGGGACUCGGUACGCCUGAGCCAAAUUUGUCAUCGACAUGGUUGUCAUGGUCACCGAGGGCGAGGGCGACUAGCGAGCUGAUCCGCUCGGACUGAUCGAAGACGACGAAGUUCAGAAGUUUGACUAUUACGUAGACCAGUAUUACGACCUGUGCGUAGAGCAAGUCAACGGCGUGC